CUCGGGCGAGCGCGACGCGUCGCCGCCGCACCGCGCCACACGCACGCCAUCACUGAGGCCCACUCAGCUAUGUGUUGAAGCUUUGAAAGCUUUCCUGUUCGCUGUAAAGAGCUGCGAUGUGACUGGGCGCGACUCCUACUGGUCUAGUGAGCGCUGCGCUCGACGCUCAGUCCACACAGCGCAGCAGUGACGCGCGGCGAUGCAGCCGACAGUGUCCCCGUGGGCGUGGAUGUCGUCCCUGGAGCGGCGCGCGCGGCCCCGCGGCGCGGCCGAGCACGCGCGGCCCUACGCGCGGGAACACGACAAGUUCGCGCUCUACGGACUGCGCAAGGACACGCGACACUUCAUCAGACUGGACACGUUGCCGAAGGGUCUGCUCCUGAACCGGCAGUGGGCGGCCCCCACCGCGCCCCCCAUCGCCUGGCGGGUGGACCGCUUCCAUGACGUCGACACCUGGGAGAUCUCCAACAUGAAGGGCAUUCCGAACUUCCGGCCGUACGACCCCGUGUCCAUAGUACUGCCCGCGGGCAGCGGACCCGGGGCGGCGGGGGCAGCGGGCGCGGGGGGCGCGGCGGGAGCAGGCAGCGCGGCGGGCGCGGGGGGCGCGCGGCCCGACCCCGGCGGGGGCACCUCCUGGGGGCACGCGGCGCGCGGCUGGGCGGCCGGCGCCGUGGCGCUGGCGCUGCUCGUGCUGCUGGUCAAGGCGGCCGAGAACUGUCUGCACAAGAAACUGUUCAAGGCCAUCUACAUGCACACCAACGCGGGCGCGGCGGAGCUCGAGCCCGAGGUGAUGCGGGGACACUACCGCCUGCGGGGAGUGAUACGACAAGACUCGGAUGAAUGGUCCACGCCGAACGUGAUGGCGACGACGUUCCAGCACUACGACUGCGACGUGCCGACGCCGGAGCGGGUCCGACCUCUCGCGGCGCUGGACCGUCCGCCGCCCUACGCCGCCGUGGCGCGCCUGCCGCCCAGCAAGCCUGCGCCCCCCGAGGCGCCGCCCCCGUACUCGGCCUGCGCCCCCGGCGGGCCCGCGGCCCCCGAGCUGGUGUUCGAGAACGGCCGCAUCGUGGAGGUCAUGAGCAGCCCGGCCCGCGCGCGCGCCGCCCCCCACUACGGCAGCGCGCCACCCCCCGCGCCCCGCGCGCCCCGCUCGCCCCCCGCCUCCGUCCUGCUCGUGUAGGUACAGCCGGACAGUACACAGACUGCACUGAGUGCGUCGCCCAGUGUACGCUCACUGAGCAGUGCACGCGACGGUGCGA